UGAACUCACCAAGUCACAAGUCUCACAACUGUUCACGCGCAUGGAGUCCGUCUGAUGUAACAGAGAAGGAGGAUGUCGCCCAAACGCCACACAAACCAGUCAAACUUUGGACUUUUUGUCGCUUUUUUCGGAGGUUAUGGAAAACCAGGCUCUACUACCAGCAGCAGGGCGACACCGCGCCGCAUAUAGCCCCCCUGUUUGACACACAGAACAGCUUUCUAAAACUUUUUUUUUUCGGUUUCACGGGGAAUAUUUCGUCACGGUCCACAACCAAGACACUCGUUUGACCCCGGCUUUUUUUUUUUUUUUUGUCGGAACCCAUGACCGUUAAAGAGGAGCAGAAGCUCUUCCUCCGACCAGGAGCGCUCGGAGCCUCCUCUCCUCUCCCCCAGCGGCCGCUUCGCCCUCCAGCCACCGGCAUGACCCUCGGGACGGUGUCCGGCUCUGGCGGCUCCUCGGCGGUCAGCUUCUGCUCCUGCUGCGGGGCCAAGAUGGUGCCCUACUUCAACGACGACGCGGUGGGGUCCAAGAAUCACAUCAACCAGCUCAUCAGUGAGAGUUUCCUCACAGUGAAAGGUGCCGCCCUCUUCCUCCCCAGGGGGAAGAGCCCCACGUCCAACACUGCGCCUCUCCUCAGCCAGCGCAGGAACAAGCAUACGGGCGACCUCCAGAAACACCUUCAGACCAUGUUCACCGUGCUGCGGCCUGAGGACACCAUCCGCCUGGCUGUGCGUCUGGAGAGCGCCUACCCUCAGGUGACCCGUUACAUGGUGGUGGUCUCCACCAACGGCAGGCAGGAUACAGAGGAGAGCAUCGUGCUCGGCGUAGACUUCGUCUCCUCCGAUAGCUGCUGCACCGUGGGGCUGGUUCUACCGCUCUGGAGCGACACUUUGAUCCACUUGGACGGAGACGGAGGCUUCAGCGUGUCGACGGUGAACAGGGUUCACGUCUUCAAGCCGGUGUCUGUCCAAGCCAUGUGGUCGGCCCUGCAGUCGCUGCACAAGGCGUGCGAGGUGGCGCGCUGCCACAAUUAUUACCCUGGGAGCCUGUUCCUGACCUGGGUCAGCUACUACCAGAGCAGGGUCUCCUCCAGCCAAUUCUGCGUCAACGAAUGGAACGCCAUGCAGGACGUGGAGUCGCACCGUGCCAACUCGCCCAUCCUCUUCACAGACCUGCCGACAGAGAGGGAACGCACCGAGAGGCUGAUCAAGAUGCGCCUCAGGGAAAUCAUGAUGCAGAAGGACCUGGAGAAUGUCACCAGCAAAGAGGUGAGAAAAAGGAUUUUAGCUGAAAUCGGAUCAGGAGUCAGUUGGGGGUUAAAGGGUUCAACUGUUUGCCUGUUUGUUGAAGCGAUGAUCUGCAGAAUGUUUGGGAAUCUGUCGGUUCUGACCCGGUCUGUGUCGUUUCUUCAGGGUUCUGAGUGGAACGCCUCCAACCUGGAGGAGCUGCAGAACAGCGGAGUGCGCUACAUCCUGAAUGUGACCCGAGAAAUCGACAACUUCUUCCCAGGGAUGUUUGAAUACCACAACAUCAGAGUUUACGACGAGGAGGCCACCAACCUGCUGGAGUACUGGAACGACACCUACAAGUUCAUCACCAAAGCCAAGAAAGCCGGAGCCAAGUGUCUGGUUCACUGUAAGAUGGGCGUGAGCCGCUCCGCCUCCACGGUGAUCGCCUACGCUAUGAAGGAGUACGGCUGGGACCUGGACACCGCCUUCGAUUACGUGAAGGAGAGGCGCACCGUCACCAAGCCCAACCCGUCCUUCAUGAAGCAGCUGGAGGAGUAUCAGGGAAUCCUCCUGGCCAGCAAACAGAGACACAACAAGCUGUGGCGCUCCCACUCUGACAGCGAGCUCUCGGAUCGCCCCGCCUCCACCUGCAAGCCGUCGUCUCCCACGCUGGGCCGCUCCGACUCUCACAACAACAACACCACCUCCUCCCCCUCCUUGCAUCACUUCCUGGGCGUGGCCGUCCUGCAGGCCCUCAGUGCCGAGCCCCUGAGCCCUGCCCCCGCCCAAACGCCCGACUCGCUGUGCUCCAGUCUGGACACGCUGCCCAACGGCGACGGAGAGUCGGAGCCGCUGGAGGAGGCGGGGCCUGGGCUUCCUCUCCCCAGACCGCGAGCUGCUACAGUCAUACCAGAGGAGAGGCCGGGCGCCUGGGCCAGCGUGGCUGUUACCGUGCCAGUGGCUCUGCCCCACCCUCCGCCUUCACUCCACAUCUUACCCCCAACCCCUGAACCCCGGCGGCACCGCCGACCUCCUCCCAUACAUCUGACGCUUCCAGAAAACUCCACGGCAGCCGAGCUGCCGCUCAGCAGCUCAGAGGAAACCUCUCCUGUCACUCUGGGCUCCAGUGACUCCGACCUGCUCGAUAAAUCCCCGUCUGACUCUACGAGCGAAAGGCGGAGCGCACCAACGCCCCCGCCGCUCGUCCUCGACCUCACUCCUAAAGACGACAACAACAACCCAAGCGAGCCGCAGGCAGGAGGCCCCUCGGACGGCCGCAGCGAGGCCGACGGCUCGUCCAACCACAGCACGGACAGCAUCGACUUCUUCAGCGCCAGGGAGAAGUUUCUGGGCCUGGUUCAGGAAGGCCCGACGAGGAGCCAAUCAGAGCAGCCGCAGCAGAGACCGCCGCUGUCGCCUGAGGGAGACGAUGAAGAGGAGCGAGAGAACGGGACCAGUCAGGAGAACUCUGACCAAACUCUCCAUGACGACGGAGUAUCCGUCCGCCACAUCGUCAUUGAGAUUGAAGCCAUAUCACACUCAGCCAUUACUCCCUCCAGUCCAUCAUCAUCAUCAUCGCCGUCUUCGUCCUCCCGGGUCGUCCUCGGUGAACGGCAGGAGGAAUCUCCCCCCACGUCUCCCUGCGGGCGGGAAGGUUCGGUCCGCCGGGCCACCGAGCAGCUGGAGCAGAAGCUGGCUCGCCGUUCACCCCCCCCACCCUCGCUCACUCAGGGACAGAGCGCGGCCGUCUCUAAGGAAGCCAGAGACGCCGAGGAGCCCGAAGGCUCUGAAAGCCCAGAGCGGCCGUCUGACCUCGAACGAGUUCCCGAUGCUAAACGUGACGCUGCAGACACGCCGACGUCCUCGCAUACCGCCGCCGCUCAGUCAGCAGAAUCAUCUCUAGAUACCUCAGCCCGGCCGCACGGCCAAAAGCUUCCAGCCGCUUUGAAUCUGGACGGAGCGACGUUGGAGGAGUCUGAAACGGACCGCUGUCCUCCAGGCGCGGCGCCGGCCUGCGGGCCCGGCUGUGAAGCCCGCAGCAGGCUGGCGCGCAGCAGCCAGGAGCUGGAGCGCAUCCAGCAGACGCUGCGGGAACUGCAGGCUUUUCUGCAGGACGGCGUCGGAGCGGCGCCGCCUCAGAGGCCGACCGACCCCAUGGACACGGAGUCGGGACAUCAUCCGGGCCCGGAGGCCGGGCCAAAACCGGAGAGGAGGGGUCAGUUGGAGGCAGCGGGGUGGCACCGAGCCGUGGAGCUGGAGGCGCGUAUGCGGCAGGCGGGCCUCACCCCCCCUUCCCUCAUGAAGAGAUCCGCAUCUCUGGCUAAACUGGACUCGCUGGAGCUGUCCGCCAACGACCUCUGCGACCUGGACCUGAGGCCGCCCACCUCAUCAUCCUCAGAGUCUUCCUCUUUGGGACCGUCUCACGCAGACGACUCCUGGAAGAAGCAGAAAGUUCUCUCUCUAUACUCUUGUGAAAAAACUCAUCCGGCCGCCGAUGAGGCGUCUCCGGCCCCGUCCCCCCCCUCCUCUACAGAAGACAGUAGCGGUGGCGCCGGAGCCUCGGCGCCGUCACAGCAGGGCAGGGGACACUCGUCCAGACGUCCUCGCAGAGCCUCAGCGGAGAGAAAACGAGCCAUGGCCUUGCUUUACAACACCAUGUGACCUCAGCGACUGGAAGAGGCUGCGUGGUGCGUGAAUGAGGAGCCGUGUGAGUGAGUGUGAGUGAAGACGAUAAACCACUGGAUGUUUCCACUGGAGUUCAGUAAUAUUAUAUGAAUGUGUGAACCGACUCUGAAGCAGUGCAAACUCUGCGCUCCGUUACGUUCGGUUUCUCUUUUUAAGUCGAGCUCCUGAAACUGAAACCAGAGCGCCUUUUUUUUGUCUGUUUUUUCACAACAUGCACUUUACCAUGUAGAUGAUUUUUGUUUGUCUUUUAUUUUAAAUCCGUUUCUUACGCUGGGAAAGCUUGUUUUGCACUCUUCUCAGUAGACUCGUCUCUGUGGAUUUGGACUUGUCUUUACUCAGAUUUUUAAUUAAACCAGGACAAAGCUGAUAUGUCGUCAUUAUUGUUUGUUUUUCUUCUUUUUUAUAUAAAUCAGCGCUUCAGCUGUAAAUAAAAAUGGGAAGUAUGUUUCAGCUGCAGGGACUCU